CCCAGACGGGUAUCUUAUUGACUCAAUCCUACGGAUUUACCUUGUACAAGCCCAUUAACCUGGAAUACAUUUAGUGCAAAUCAAUCUUUGCCCUCUUUUUGUCGGGUUCCCAGAAAUAUUUGUACCUUACUGAAAUUUAUGUUAGCAUGGCCUUCGAGUAAGUACGUCGAGUUCAUCCGUCUUGGAUAUGAGCCAUGUUUUUAUCUUAUCUUAUCUGCUGAAGGACCUCACAAUCACAUGUGGGUAAUCACAACUAAGCAAGGGCAAUAAGAAUAAGCGACUCUUUUAAAAUGAAGAGCGAUAAUUGCAUGUCGUACCUUCAAUUAUUGGCAGCCUCAAUCGCCCGGAUGGGACCAAUCCCGCAGCAUAUCGCCAUCAUAAUGGAUGGAAAUCGUCGCUACGCAGCCAGUAGAGGAAUGAAAACAUUGUAUGGUCACGAAGCUGGAGCCGGACUCCUUCAUGCUUUGGUGGUGGAGAGCACUUGGGUGCAAGGAAUUAACUUUGUAUGUCUUCUCAUCCGAAAAUUACAAGCGGACAACCCAAGAAGUUGACGCUUUAAUGGAUUUAAUGUAUCGCAAAUUCACCACAAUGCUGCAAGAAGUAGAAGCCGGCAGUAAUCGGGACACCUGCAUACAAAUGAUUGGAAAUUGGGAAAAAUUUCCGCUCAAAUUAAAACAUAGAAUGGCAAGCUUAAUGGCAAGGACGCGACAUUUGACCCCUUACAAAUUAAAUUUGGCUGUAGGGUAUACUGGUCGGGAAGGGAUUCUUAGGAGCCUAAGCUCUUUUCAUGACGAGGACAAUGAAGCGAGCUGUAAUUCCUCUGAAUCAUUCCCAAAGUGGAAUGAGCAUUUGAUAGAACAAUCUCAGCAUUUAGUGGACUUGAGAACUAUUGACCUACUAAUCCGAACUGGGGGUGACCAGCGACUCUCAGAUUUCAUGAUGUGGGAAAGCAGCCAUGCCUACAUCCACUUUACGGAGAAAACUUGGCCAGAAUUCAAUUUCUGGGAAUUUAUACAUUGUUGCUUCUUAUAUCAAGUGCAUAAGAACAGAAUUAUUGAACAGGUAUGAUUUUAUAAUAACAGACUUGGGUAUUUUGGUAGAAGGAUUUACUCGGGAAAAACAUGGCGUCAGCUUUAAUGUUGAUUGAUUAGUACAUAUUUGAUUUUUUGGUUACAUUAUAUGCAUAAAAAAAAUACUGCCAAAAUUGGCUCUAUUCCGAAAUCCCCGGAUAUUCUGGAGAUAUUCUCACCUGAACGGGAUCAACCACUGGGAAGUACAUUUCUGAGAAGUAAAUACAUUACAAUAAAACAAGUUGAAAAUAAAAGCAACCUAAUUUCUCAGAAAA